GGGGUUGUUUUGGGAUUAGUCAGUUCUGUGGUUGAAAUGGAACACCAUCACCCUGACCGCUGUGUCUGUUGUAACUCAUCACUUUCAUCCUUAACCCUUUCUGCAUUCCUAACUUACAAAUACUUUGUUUUCUGUCCUUCUGUUCAGGAACCCUGGGAUGCACAACACAUUCCAGCACUGUUCUCUGCUUUCUGUGGUCUGCUAGUUGCACUUUCUUAUCACCUCAGCAGGCAAAGCAGUGACCCAUCUGUACUGAUGUCGCUUAUUCAGUGCAAAUAUGUCCCUCACUUCCUACGUCAACAAUUUGAAGAUUCAUCAACAGAUCCACUCCCAGAAAAGAUGAGAGAAUCAGUGAAAGAAAUCUUGAAAUCAGAUCUCAUUGUCUGCACAGUAGCUGCUGUUCUGUCAUUUGCUGUCAGUGCCAGUACUGUGUUUCUAUCAUUAAGGCCAUUUCUCAGCAUUGUCCUGUUUGCUUUAGCAUGGACUGUGGGAUUUGUAACACAUUACGUACUUCCUCAGCUUCGCAAACAUCACCCCUGGCUGUGGAUCUCCCACCCUAUACUUAAAAGCAAAGAACACCAGCAACGGGAAGUGAGAGAUGCUGCUCAUCUGAUGUGGUUUGAAAGGCUCUAUGUGUGGCUUCAGUGCUUUGAGAAAUAUGUUUUGUAUCCAGCUAUAAUACUGAAUGCCCUCACCAUUGAUGCUUUCUCAAUUAGUAAAUACAAGAAACUUGGUACACACUGUGAUAUUAUCCUAAUAACAGUUGCUGGGAUGAAACUCCUCCGCUCCUCGUUCUGUAAUCCUAUUAAUCAAUUUGUUACUUUGAGCUUUACUGUAAUCUUCUUCCGAUUUGACUAUAGAGACAUUUCAGAAAAUUUCUUGCUGGAUUUCUUCAUGAUGUCCAUCGUGUUUCAUAAGGAAGCCAAACCAGAUAAUCAAGACAGUCGUCUCGGUCUACAUGACUCUGUGUAA